UCUCUCCGCGCUCAGUCAGUGUGCUCGAACGCGUCAUGGCGGAGGCCGGUUGCUUUAGGAUGUACAGCUGAAAUAUGCCUGCUGUUUUAUCGGUGUUUCCAGCGUAUGGAAUACGAGAAACUGUUUCGCAUCUAAACGCGAGGCGCACUUGACCGCGGAAGGGAAAACUAAGAAACUCUCGCCUCAGAAUAAAGUGUACAAGCUCUUGAGCGUCCAACAGAGAAAUAGUCUGGCAGCGGUGCAUGGGCAGACAGGUGAUCUGCUCUGAAGUGGUCUGCACACCGACUGUACAGGAUCUUAUUAGACACUGAUCCUUUUACAUUUGAUCCGUUUGAGAUGGCUGGACGCAGCGAGGAUGAAAGUGUCAGUAACAGCAGUGGAGAGUCAAGUAACUCAGAUGAUGAGUCUGGGUCAGGAUCGGGAUCUGGUUCCAGUUCCAGCAGCAGCAGUUCCAGCAGCAGCCGAUCAGGAAGCAGCCAGUCGGGAAGUGGCUCAGAUUCUGGGAGCCAAUCAGACUCUGACUCUGAGAAGUCCAAGGAGAAAAAUGAUCAAGGCAACAAAAUUGAUGGAGCGGCGUUUUGGAAAUCCAACCCCAGUAUACUGACGGUGCAAAGGACGGCCAUGCUCAGAAAACAACAGCUACAACAACAACAGCAGCAGCAGCUCCAUCAUCAGCCACAGAGCACUUCUAACAGCGGCUCAGAUGAGGACUCCUCUAGUAGUGACUCGGACGAUGACUCAAAGAGCAAGAGUAAAGGGUCUGGAUCAGACUCGGAUUCGGGUUCAGAUUCGGGUUCAGGAAGCGGUUCGUCUGAGUCCUCAGCAGUGGAGGGGAACAGUGAGGAGUCUGUGUCCGACUAUGACCCCAGUCACAAAGUCAAGAGCAGGAAACCUCCAAACAAGGCAAGUGCAAGGAAUGGCAAAAAGAGUAAAGCUUUAAAGCAGCAGCCCUCUCCCUCUUCCUCCGAUGACGAAGACGAUUAUAAGAAAGCUCUCGCCGGCCCGCGGCGGCAGGCCACGGUCAACGUCAGCUACAAAGAGGACGAGGAACUGAAGACCGAUUCAGAUGACCUGGUGGAGGUGUGUGGAGAGGACGUCCCACCACCAGAAGAGGAUGAGUUUGAGACACUAGAGAGGGUGAUGGAGAUGAGGAUAGGGCGGAAAGGAGCGACGGGAGCAGUAACAACAGUUUACGCUGUGGAGGCAGACGGCGACCCCAACGCCACCUUUGACCCCAACAGACAGUCAGGAGACGUGCAAUACUUGAUCAAAUGGAAGAACUGGUCCCACAUUCACAACACCUGGGAGACGGAGGAAACCCUCAAACAACAGAACGUGAAGGGCAUGAAGAAACUGGACAACUUCAAGAAAAAAGAGCAAGAUAAGAAGAAAUGGCUGAAAACGGCUUCACCUGAAGAUGUGGAAUACCUCAACUGUCAGCAGGAACUGAUGGACGACCUGCAUUCACAAUACCAACUUGUAGAGCGAAUCAUCGGUGAGGAAGCUCUCAGCUCUCCGGAUUUUGAGGAAACGCACACAGUGUUUGUUUAUUUCUGCUGUGGUCUUAAACUUGCAGGACAUUCAAAUCAGAAGUCGGCCGCCGGUUAUCCAGAUUACCUGUGUAAAUGGCAGGGCCUGCCGUACUUCGAGUGCAGCUGGGAGGAUGGAGCGCUCAUCGGCAGAAAGUUUCAGAAGUGCAUUAAUGAGUACAUGAGCCGAAACCAGUGUAAAACCAUCCCAUCCAGAGAAUGCAAGGUUUUAAAACAGAGACCUCGGUUUGUGCCCAUGAAGAAACAGCCUCACUAUAUCGGUGGAGAAGGUCUGGAGCUGCGGGAUUAUCAGCUGGACAGUCUGAACUGGAUGGCCCAUUCCUGGUGCAAAGGGAACAGUUGUAUCCUAGCAGAUGAAAUGGGUUUGGGUAAAACCAUCCAAACCAUCAGUUUCCUGAAUUACCUGUUUAAUGAGCAUCAGCUGUACGGACCCUUCCUGUUGGUGGUGCCGCUGUCCACGCUUACAUCCUGGCAGAGAGAGAUCCAGCUCUGGGCUCCACAGAUGAACGUUGUCGUCUACCUGGGAGACAUCAACAGCAGAAACAUGAUCCGGACACAUGAAUGGAUGCAUCUGCAGACCAAACGCUUAAAGUUGAACAUCCUUCUUACUACUUAUGAAAUUCUGCUCAAAGAUAAGGUACGUCUUUUACUCUCCAUUAGGGAUGUAACGAUAUCAAAAUCUCACUGUACGAUAAUACCUCGGUAUAAAGUCCACGGUACGGUGUUUGUUGCGAUAUUUAUUUUUUCUAACAUUCUCUAUGUUAGGCCCGAAAGACCUCUCUGUUCAUAAAGUCAUGUGACCACCAUAAUAUUGAGACAAUUUUGCUAUUGUGAUUACACGAUAUUGAUAAUGUUGUUACGUCCCUACUCUCCGUUCAUCUCUUUAAACAUGUAU